UUUCGGUUCGUGUUUCGAAUGGAUGUUGCUGAUAAUACACUGCUAAAUAAUAAAAUCUAUCGUUAUUUGAAUUUUUUUUUUUAACAUUUAAAGAAUUAUUUAAUUGUGGGCGAAAAUUACUUUACAAAAUUUUGUAUCGCUGAGUUUCUAGAUAUUUCUCAUAUUUGCUUUAAUAUUUCGUGGCCGUUGGAGAGAGUGAUAAAAAAGUAUAAUUGUAGAAAUAAUUUAAAGGUAAACAAAGAUAGAGGAUAGUCAUAAAUAUAUGUGAUUGUUUCAGACAGAGAACCGAGAAAGAACAUCAGCCCCUUGUUUUAAUCACUUGCAACAAUGUCUCUGUUUGAUGAAGAAGCUUAUUUUGGCACUGAUUUUGUUGAGAUUCCAUGUGAAUUUUGUAAUGAACUCUAUCCUUUUGAACUUUUAAUGGAGCAUCAAUCUGGCUGUAGACCAGAUUUACUGCAUUUCAAUUUUGAUGAUUUUGCACCAGUUGCCUCUGUUGCAACUGUUUCACCAAAAGCACCUGAAUCUCAAAAAGUUGCAGAAGUUAAGCAGAAAUCUUCUGAUUUACCAAAAGUGCAAGUAUCCAGUAGUGUCUUAAGAGAGACCACUAAAGCCUCAACAGAAAAGCAAAAUAAAGAGAGCAAAACUUUCUUUGAUGAUUUAUUGAAAGAUGAUGAUGAUGAUGAUGAUAUUCCAUUAAUUUUUGAAGAUAAUUCACAGGAAAUUGAAGUUAAAUUAAUGUCAUAUGGAUCCAGUGUUGGGAAAAGAACUGAAGAAGAAAAACCAAGCUUUAGACCCCCACCAUUACCACUUUUUGAUGACCAGAAUGAAAGUAAAGAUAUGUCUAAUGUUAUUUCAGAUGAUGAUGAUGGCGAAUCUUUGGAAGAUUUCUGGAGGAGAGCUGAUAUCAAAAAUACUCAGAGGCUUAGAAAAUUAAAAAUAUAACUAUAUUUUCUACGGGUUAUUUUGUAAUGCUAAAUUUUAUUUGUUUUUUAAUAUUCAAUAAAAUGUAUUGUGAA